AGGCUCGCCUGUCGCACAGCGCUAUAUCACCGCGUUAACAGCCAGGAUCUAACGUCAUUUCAGCUGCAGACAUCAUCGGGCGCUGCUCCGCGCCUGUGGGCACCGCCAACAGCGAAGACACACAUGCGCCUGUCACAGACUAGAGUGCAGACCAGCGACCUGGCCAUCCUGCUGUGUGAUACCGAGUUUUAAAGAUCUUUCAAGCAGUCUGCUGCAGGAAAGCCAUUGGGGGAAAAGUGUUCCACGAUGCUUGGUGCAGUUAAAAUGGAAGGACACGAACAUACAGACUGGAGCAGCUAUUACGGGGAGCCCGAGUGUUACACCUCCGUUGGCAACAUGAACACCGGACUGGGAAUGAAUUCCAUGAACACUUACAUGAGCAUGUCAGGAAUGAGCACUUCGACUAACAUGACAGCUAAUAGCAUGAACAUGUCUUACGUAAACACCGGCAUGAGCCCUUCUAUGACGGGAAUGUCGCCGGGCGCCGGGGCCAUGAACGGCAUGGGAACGGGCAUGGCAGGUAUGAGCGCGGCGCUCAGCCCCAAUAUGAGCCCAAUGACGGCGCCGCCGCCGUCCAUGAACGCCUUGACGUCUUACACCAACAUGAACGCGAUGAGCCCCAUGUAUGGACAGUCUAACAUAAACAGAUCCCGGGACCCGAAGACGUACCGGCGAAGUUACACCCACGCCAAGCCGCCGUAUUCUUACAUCUCUCUGAUUACCAUGGCUAUCCAGCAGUCGCCUAAUAAAAUGCUUACAUUAAGCGAGAUCUACCAAUGGAUCAUGGACCUUUUCCCGUUUUACCGUCAGAACCAGCAGCGCUGGCAGAAUUCUAUUCGUCAUUCAUUAUCUUUCAAUGAUUGUUUUCUUAAAGUUCCUCGAUCCCCGGAUAAGCCUGGCAAAGGCUCUUUCUGGACCCUUCAUCCCGACUCGGGAAACAUGUUUGAAAACGGCUGCUACCUGAGGCGUCAAAAGCGCUUCAAAUGCGAGAAAAAGCUUUGCAAAGAGUCCGGCAGAAAGACCUCGGAAGGCGGAUCUAACAGUAGCUCCGAAAGCUGCAACGGCAACGAGUCCCCGCACUCCAGCUCACCCUCAAACGAGCAGAAAAGGUCCAUGUCAGACAUGAAAUCCAGCCAGUCCCUGAGUCCCGAACAUGCGGCGUCGCCGAACUCUCAGGCUCAGCAUCUCAUGUCUCAGCACCACUCGGUCCUCGCGCAUGAAGCGCAUCUAAAACCGGAACACCACUUUUCAUUUAACCACCCGUUCUCUAUCAACAAUUUAAUGUCUUCAGAACAGCAGCAUCACAAAAUGGACUUAAAGACUUACGAGCAGGCGAUGCAUUAUUCCGGGUACGGUUCUCCCAUGCCAGGGCCACUGUCCAUGGGGUCAAUGGCAAGCAAAGCGGGCUUAGAUUCAUCGUCAAUACCCAAUGACACGUCUUACUAUCAAGGUGUGUAUUCCAGACCAAUCAUGAACUCCUCUUAAAUAUUCACAGACGGACAUUUGAUAGGUAAUUUGUAAAUUUGUAAAAUGAUACUUUGUGCACACGCAUUCCAAAUAUUUUUUAAUGUUUCCGAAGGGUUUAGUUGUCGAGUUUGUUUAGUAAUUCUUUUGUGAAAGGUUGUUAAGAUGUGACAAUAGCCGUUUUCAUCCCAUAUCUCGCCUUUUAAUACGGACCAAAAAUCACUUAUUGUAAAAUAGGACGAGGAUUCCGGACUCGCUGAUGGACCUUGACGUGAUUUGGGAAACCUGGACUUCUUCAAAUGUUUGUGUAUUCUUUAUUUAUGACUUGUAAAUGUGUAUUCUUGUAGUUGAAACAAGGAUAAAAAUCUAUAUUAAAGUGUUAUUGUUUUUUCUGAA